AUGGAGACAGAUUUGGUGCCUGUGUCACAGCUCUCGGGCCACAGUGGGGAGCACCAACAAGAUCUUUUUGUUCCUCCUGGGGAGCUGCAGAUAGGGGAAACGGAUCAGAGAGGGCAGCAGCUGCGUGAGCUGGGCGCUCAGGCGCAGGGGCCCUUGGACGACCAACUGCCACGAGGCAAGGGCAGGAGGCGACGCGGAGGCCAGGGCAAGCAGCGGUCGGGCAAUCAGCAGGAUCAGCAGGCAGAGGGCGAGUUGGGGCGGCCGCUUACGAGCCAACGUCCGGGAGGCCAGCUGGUGCGACGGCGGCCACUGUCAGGGGAACAGGGAGUGACUGCAGCACCUGAGGGCGUGCAGCAGGCAGGGGGACAGCAGGGAGUGACUGCAGCACCCCAGGGCGUGCAGCAGGCAGGGGGACGACAGGGAGUGACUGCAGCACCUGAGGGCGUGCAGCAGGCAGGGGGACAGCAGGGAGUGAUUGCAGCACCUCAAGGCGUGCAGCAGGCAGCGGGACAGCAGGGAGUGACUGCAGCACCCCAGGGCAUGCAGCAAACAGCGGGACAGCAGGGAGUGACUGCAGCACCUGAGGGCGUGCAGCAGGCAGGGGGACAGCAGGGACUGAUUGCAGCACCUCAAGGCGUGCAGCAGGCAGCGGGACAGCAGGGAGUGACUGCAGCACCCCAGGGCGUGCAGCAGGCAGCGGGACAGCAGGGGGUGACUGCAGCACCUCAGGGCGUGCAGCACGCAGGGGGGCAGCUGGGGGCGAGGGCAGCACUUCAGGGCGUGCGGCAGCGGCAGCAGCAGCGGCAGCAGCGUCAGCAGCAGCAGCAGCAGCAGCCCCCCCCGAUCCCUCCGGAAAGCCCCACACCGGGGGUUGCGGAGAAUUCAGCCACUCCUGACACGGCUCCACUUGCUCCAACUUGUGUCCCUUGCGAGUUCUGCUUUCACACAUUUCCGCCUGGUGGUGCGGCCUCCCGCCACAUAGUUGCAUGUAAAGCGGCAGAUGCUCAGCGGCGGGCUCAGGCCCUUACUUCCUCCCCGAACCUGAGCGAGGUCUUCGGGGCAGAUCCAGUACCUUCGCGGGAUAUCGGCGAGGAGGUGUGGGGGGCGGUGCCUUCGUGGGACUGGGAGACUUUUUUCAGUAUUCAUUCUGUGUCGGGAGAGCUUCUUCGUCGGGUCCCGCAGCGGGCGCGACUGGGGGUGCUUGAUGCAUUGUGCUGUAUUCUCAAGAGACUGAAGGCUUCCCCUGGGGAUGAGGCGGCGACGCUGAUGUUCCUGGCCUUCCCGCGCCUCAUUUUGGGAGUCCCCGCGAAGGAGGGUCUUGGACGAAGGGCAGCCAUAGUAGGGCGUCUCGGAAAGUUCUGGGCAGGGGAAUGGCAACAGCUGUUCGAGGCUGCCUCUGCCGCGUUGACUCCGGCGGCGCGACCUCUUGCCUUCUCCUUACCUGAGCGAGAUGCUGAUGCCAUCCGUUUGGCCCGAUGUCGCACGAGGUGCCAAGUGGGGGAAUGGAGUCGAGGACUAGCAUGCCUUACUGCGGGCGACUUGGCGCAGCCCUCUCAACUAACAGUAGACCGGCUGACAGCAAAGCACCCGGCCAGUGAGGUGCCAGUUCCUGAGUGGGUGGAGCACUUUCGCAUAGACGCAGUGGAUUUCGGGAUGCGUUUCUGA